GGCUGACAAGUCUCUCCACCCUUGCGGGUGGAACAGACGGGCGCACCGUUCGCAGGAGGCAGCAGCGCAGGCGGCCGAGGCUUUCUGGCUCUGCACGUGGAAUUCCCGUCGAUGCGUUUCUGCAACUGUUUAUCGAGGAGGAUUAUGGGAGCCCGCAUCAAUGCACGGCUCGGUGGGUAACUCGCCGCCGCCGCCGCGCGUCUUUGCAUGACAUUUCUCUUCUUCUGGCGGCGGUGGUUGCACACUUCCACUAGCGCUCGUUCUCAACUUGCAACGCCGGAGAGGAGUCCAGCGAUCCGGUGACUUGCUGUGCUCAUGGUGGCUUUACCGCGGACCCGUGAGCGGACUGGCCGUGGCUCGUGAUCCAUGUGAUAAGACGGAGGCUUCCAGUUCAGUGCGGAUUACGGUUCCUAUGUUUUGAUGCACUCUGGUUGUUGCAACCGAAACGGACCCUAACAUGCAUGACGGGGAGGUGCAGCCUUUCACCUGCGCUGAAGUGGAACGAAGGGGUCCGCGGUAGCCAGGCGCGAGCCUGGCUUUAGAUGGAGCCUUUGGGGAAGUUCUCAGCAAAACGCAAUGAGCGAGACGUUAAACACUGAGACAAUGAGUCAAGACCCGGACGGGAUAUCCCUGUCGGUGCCUUCCUUCGGUCUUAACCUGUCCCGCCCUGGCUCCGCUUGCUCCGGGGAAGACGCCUCCGUCCUCCCCGCGGCCGGGACCUUCUGGCAGGACUCGGCGGCCAGCGGCUCCGUCAGCCCGGCAGCCGUCUGCUGUCCCGCGGACGGCGGCGGCGGCGGCUUGCUGUCCACGGGGAAGCCCUGCAGAAGCAGGCCGGUGACCGUGGCCUAUGUGGUGAACAGCGAGGUGAACCAGAACAGCAGCACCGAGAGCCUGGCCCAGCAGAGUCUGAGAGACGCCUGCGACACGGUGGGGAGCAAACUGGAAACCGUGCACUUCGGGAAGCUGGACUUUGGAGAGACCCAGGUGCUGGACCGCUUUUAUAACGCAGACAUCGCCGUGGUGGAGAUGACGGACGCAUUCCGCCAGCCCUCCCUCUUCUACCACCUGGGCGUGAGGGAGAGCUUCAGCAUGGCGAACAACAUCAUCCUCUACUGCGAUACCAACUCGGACUCCCUCCAGUCCCUGCAGGAGAUCAUUUGUCAGAAGAACACUACAUGCUCUGCCAACUACACCUUCAUACCUUACAUGGUGACGCCCCACAACAAAGUGUACUGCUGUGAGAGCAGCCUGAUGAAGGGCUUGACGGAGCUGAUGCAGCCCAGCUUUGAGAUGCUGCUGGGACCCAUCUGCAUGCCCCUCGUGGACCGCUUCAUCCAGUUGCUCAAGGUGCCAAAGGCCAAUUCCCACCAGUAUUUUCGUGAAACCAUUCUGAAUGAGAUCCGUAAAGCCCGGGAAUUGUACACGGGCAUGGAGCUGGCUGCUGAGCUGGGGCGGAUCCAGCAGCGGCUGGACAACGUGGAGUGCCUUUCAUCCGACAUAGUCAUCAACCUGCUGCUGUCGUACAGGGACAUCCAGGAUUAUGACUCCGUUGUGAAACUAGUGGAGACUUUGGAAAAGCUACCGACCUUUGACCCUGUGGCCCACCCUCAUGUGAAAUUCCAUUAUGCCUUUGCACUGAACAGGAGAAACCUCCCUGGUGACAGACAGAAGGCUCUGGACAUCAUGCUGCCGCUGGUGGAGGGUGAGACUCAGGUGGCCUCAGACAUCUACUGCCUGGUGGGACGCAUCUAUAAGGACAUGUUCCUGGACUCUCACUUCACUGACAGGAAGAGCAGAGACAGUGGCACCCACUGGUUUAAAAAGGGGUUUGAAUCAGAGCCAACACUGCACUCUGGCAUCAACUACGCCGUGCUCCUUCUGGCAGCCGGACACCAGUUCGACUCCUCCUUUGAGCUUCGCAAAGUGGGAGUUAAGCUGAGCAGCCUGCUGGGUAAGAAGGGCAGUCUGGACAAGCUGCAGAGCUACUGGGACGUGGGCUUCUUCCUCGGGGCCAGCAUCCUGGCCUGUGACAACACCAGGGUCAUCCAAGCCUCUGAGAAACUUUUCAAACUCAAAGCUCCCAUCUGGUAUCUGCGCUCACUGGUGGAGACCAUCCUGAUCUACCAGCACUUCAAGAAAGCUGGUGUGGAGCAGCCAGUCCCCAAGCAGGAGCUGGUGGACUUCUGGAUGGACUUCAUGGUCGAGGCCACCAAGAAAGAAGUUUACUCCAUUCGCUUCCCUGUGUUGAUAUUGGAGCCCACUAAAGUGUACCAGCCCUCAUAUUUAUCCAUAAACAAAGAUGUGGACAGCAACACAGUUUCCAUCUGGCACGUGGCUCCUGAUGACAAGAACAAGGGGAUCCAUGAGUGGAACUUCUGCGCCACAUUGGUACGAGGCGUCAGCAUCUCCAAGUUUGAUGAGCGCAGCGCGUUCCUCUACGUGCUCCACAAUGCAGAAGACUUCCAGAUCUACUUCUGCACAGAGAUGCACUGUAAAAGGUUCUGUGACCUGGUCAACAGCAUAACGGAGGAGCCCUGGAAAGGUCCGGAGGAGGGGGAAUGUGAGACAGAUGCCUUAGAGUAUGACUAUGAGUAUGAUGAGCAUGGAGAGAGAGUGGUUCUGGGAAAAGGCACAUUUGGAGUGGUGUAUGCAGGCCGGGACCUGAGCAACCAAGUGCGCCUGGCUAUCAAAGAGAUCCCGGAGAGAGACAGUCGGUACUCCCAGCCUCUCCACGAGGAGAUCGCCCUCCACAAACACUUGAAGCACAAGAACAUCGUACAGUACCUGGGCUCCAUAAGCGAGAACGGCUUCAUCAAGAUCUUCAUGGAGCAGGUGCCUGGAGGGAGUCUCUCUGCACUGCUCAGGUCAAAGUGGGGCCCCCUCAAAAACAACGAGCCCACCAUUGGUUUCUACACAAAGCAGAUCCUGGAGGGUCUCAAGUACCUGCAUGACAACCAGAUCGCACACAGGGACAUCAAGGGUGAUAAUGUUCUCAUCAACACCUACAGCGGCGUCCUGAAAAUAUCCGACUUUGGCACAUCCAAGAGGCUAGCGGGGAUCAACCCCUGCACCGAGACGUUCACCGGUACACUACAGUACAUGGCCCCUGAAAUUAUAGACAAGGGUCCUCGAGGCUAUGGAAAGCCUGCAGACAUCUGGUCUCUUGGAUGCACCAUCAUAGAAAUGGCAACUGGGAAACCGCCCUUCUAUGAACUCGGAGAACCGCAAGCUGCCAUGUUCAAGGUGGGUAUGUUUAAGAUCCAUCCAGAGAUCCCAGAUUCCAUGUCCCUGGAGGCCAAAGCCUUUAUCCUGCGUUGCUUUGAGCCUGAUCCCGACCGGCGAGCCACCGCCCUGGACCUGCUGACCGACGAGUUCCUUACCGUCACCAGCCGAAAGAAGAAGGGCAAGAGCAGCUUCACUGCUCUCACACCAGGAUCAGAGUACCUGCGCAGCAUCUCCCUGCCGGUGCCUGUGGUGGUGGAGGACACCAGCAGCAGCAGCGAGUAUGGGUCAGUCUCCCCUGACAAUGACCUCAACACUAAUCCCUUCAUCUUCAAGCCCAGCAUCAAAUGCUACAGUGAGAGGGACGUGAAGGGACCAAGGUCACUCUUCCUCAGCAUUCCAGUGGAGAACUUUGAGGACCACAGUGCCCCUCCAUCUCCUGAUGAGAAAGACCCUGGCUUCUUCAUGCUGAGGAAGGACAGCGAGAGGCGGGCCACGCUGAACCACAUCCUUACUGAGGACAGGGACAAGGUGGUGGCCAACCUCAUGGAAGCUCUCAUGCAGGGCUCAGAGGAGACCAGACUGAGACACCAGCACAUCUCCACCCUGGUAGUCAGCCUGGCCAACUUCGUGCGCAUGGCGGACCGGAAGAUCAUAGCCAGCACGCUGUCCCAGCUCAAACUGGAACUGGACUUUGACAGCACCGCCAUCAGCCAGCUGCAGGUGGUUCUGUUCGGCUUCCAGGAUGCUGUAAACAAGGUGCUGCGAAACCACAACAUUAAGCCCCACUGGAUGUUUGCCCUGGACAACAUCAUCCGGAAAGCGGUGCAGACGGCCAUCACCAUCCUGGUGCCAGAGCUGCGGCCCCACUUCAGCCUGGCCUCGGAGAGCGACGCAGCCGACCAGGAGGAUGUCGAUGAAGAGGCCGAGCCAGAGGGUAGCGCCGCUCAACAGAGCAGAGCCCCGCCUGUCGCCGCUCACGAUGACACGGUGGCCACCUCUGGUGUGAGCACGCUCAGUUCCACCGUCUCACACGAGUCCCAUAAUGCACAGCACUCGGUCAGCAUGGAGCUUGGCAGGAUGAAGCUCGAGACAAACAGGCUGCUGGAACAGUUGCUUGAGAGGGAGCGAGAGUACCAAGCCAUUUUACAGCAGGUCCUGGAUGAGCGGGAACAAGAAAUCAAACUACUGAGGAUGCGGUCUGAGCCCUUAGCAGACAAGACUAUGUCAUCGAUUUUCUCAAGAGGGGAGCAAAACCAGGACUCAGAGCUGGUUAGAUGGCUCAGGCUGCAUGGGGCUGACCAGGAAUCCAUAGACAGGAUACUGAUGGAGGACUACACACUGGAUGACCUUCUCCAAGAUGUGACAAGAGAUGAUCUGAAGAGUUUAAGAUUAAGAGGCGGCAUCUUGUGCAAGUUGUGGAAGGCCAUCACAGACUACAGGCAGAGGCCGUAAGUGGGUCCAACCACUCGUACAAGCCAGAACAUCCGUCCGAAACAGCUCGGUGUUCUCUCGUUCCAUGUUCACCUUUUACCUCAAGAUUUGUUUUAGACCGAGAGUUGUUUUCGGAGCAGGACGUGUGUGCGGCGAAGCCUCCUUCCACUGAGUUGAGGAGCCUCGCCGGUGUCCACUGUUGGGUCUUUGUGGAGAAUGUCACCUGUUUUGAAGGGAAAAGUACACUAGACGUGCUGCUAUGCUUCUUACACCUAACAGUCAUGACACACAUUUGUCCUGAUGGUGCUUUCAACUGAGAAUUAACAGAACUUUUAACCCAGCAGAAAUACCUGAGAACCCACGUCGAACGGUGUCAGUAAUUAAAGCAGUACUUUAAUGACCUCUUGUCAUAACAAGGUUAUAUUUACAUGUUUACACACCAUGAGAUUGACCUUUUGCUAACACGAGCCUGACAAAAAAGUCUUUGAAAUUGUUUAAACAAUAUUGUCAUAGGCGUCUUAUCACCACUAUUUUAUUUAAAUGUGUCGUCUGUUUGUAUUGUAAACUGAAGGCCGUCAUUCCAUUAUGUAAUUUUUGUAUCUUUUUUAAUCCAUGCUAAACCUUAUUAAACUUUCCAGUCGUUAUUUUCACGUUUGCUUUAUUAAUAUUGAUAUCUGAUAUGUUUCAGUUCCAUGUAAAUGAUUUGUUGCCUCAUCACCUCUGAAUGACUGUUGGCGGUGGUGCAGUCCGUAAACACAUUAGUGAACAUGGCUGGUGACCAGCCUGUAUUGUAGAGAAGAGACUGUAAACAACACUUUGUGAUGUUAUUUUGUACAGGUGUGGUCUUGAAUGGCACAACUGUUAAAAGGGUGAAAUUCAAAGGUUGUUCUGGUUUGAUGUAGAUGUGGGUUGCUUUUACUUUUCUUUGGCAAAUUUGUUUUCCUUUUUUGUAGGUUUUUGUACAUAUGAUCAUGAUAUUACAAAUUAUUUAAACAGAUGUGUGUGUUAUUAUUAUUAAAACAUUUAUGUCCAAAUGGGAAAUACAGUCCAAAACUAAGUGUAAGUCUGUUUUGUUUCAUAUAAUUUUUGAUUGACAAUAUUUAUGCCCUGUUGUCUAAAGUAAAACUUUUCAUGUAAGACUGUGAAAUAAAAGUUUUAGCAG